AUGGCUUGUUUCACGGGAAGAAAGUGUUUCCCCAACCGAUCCAAGUCGACUGGAGGCUUGACCCUGGCGCUUCGCUUGGUUGUCCAGAUGCAGAAGCCCAUGAUGAGAAGUCGAUCAAUGCCUGCGCUCCUUUGCAAGUCACAACAGCACUGUCAGGAGCAGGUUAAGCCCCGGAAUUCGUUAACAUCGAUAGUUCCUGUGGUUAAUACUGCUUCUAUUCCUCCUCCCUUGUGCCGUUGGUCGUCUGCUCCUCCCAGCGAUCAAAUGAUCAACAACAGCAGCAGCCACAGCACUGACAGCACAGAGCAGAUGAUCAGACGGAGAAGAAGCCUCAUGGCACCUCCCACCAAGCCUCUUCGAUACAUGAUGAACAUGGCUACCAUCAAGUCGCUGCCCCCUCGUCUCCCCAAUAGAAAAAGCGGCAAAGGUGCCGAACUGCGCUCGGCUCUGCCACCCCGGGUCCCUCAACGAAAACCUGGAGAAGCCACCAUUGAAGCCAAGGCCCUACCACCGUUCAUGCCUCGAAGAUGCCCCAUGGAUGAUUCUUGUGAUAAUCUAAGCUUGGUCAGCACUCUCACCAUGGGCAGUGCUGCUGCUCACAUAGACGAAGAUGAUACAAGCGACGGCGAGUCGUCUCUUUCAGAUCUGUUGCCCAUUUGCUUCGGCAGUCUCACAUCAUCAUCAGAAAACCCUACCAGUGUUCGACACAACCUGCGAGAGGUGCUCGGACAUGUGCUGGACAAUCUGGAUGAUUCCCUCUGCGACGGAGACUUGUAUUAG